AUGGAUGCAGAGGAGGAGGAGGACGUGGAAGAUGGCGAGAUCAACAACGGCUUCCUAGGGGAGGCGGAGAUGGAGAACAGAAAAACUCUUGCGGCUGCUUACGGAGACGAGGUUUCGUGGGUUGAAGCCGUGCUCCUGGGCGCGAAGCACCUGGCCCCGGCCAGUAACGCGGCGGCAAGCGAACACGGGGACGGCGGGGGAGAAGGUGGUGACGAGGAGGAGGAGGAGGAGGAGACACUCUCCAGCGGUGAGCCCCCCCCCCCGGGGACCGCAGUCGACCGUACCCCCCCUCCGGCCGCCGCAACCGCGCGGCUAGAAGCCGCCCUGGUUCACAAGGUUACCGCUCUUCUCGCGGGAGGGGGCGACGACAAGAAUCGACGGCACGACCCGGCGGAGACAUUGGUGGAAACCCUGGCGGAGGCCGAGGCGGACGGGGUGGACGUAGCGAGGUGGCUCUGGCACGGCCGGUCGUCCAUCCGCGGCCGGACCCCCCUCAUGGAGGCGGCGAGGCAGGACCAGACGGGGUGUUGCUCAGUGCUCGCCGAGGCGGCCUGUGCGCAGGGCGCGGGGCUCAACGCCGGCAACGAGACCCAGGGGAGGAACUCGGCGCUGCACUACGCCUGCCACGAAGGGUCUGGUGGUUCGGUGUGUGAGCUUCUCGUGCGAGGCGCCGACCCCCGCCUGCGCAACCGCGACGGAGAGACGGCCCUCCAGGCAGCCCUGGCGAACGGCCAGGCGGAGUGCGCGGACCUGGUGCGGGACUUUCUUCGCCGGCCGACCUUCGAGCCGGAACCACAGAGCGGCGACCUCUUCGCCACCGCCACCACCGCAGGCGUCGCCCCGCCCGCCGACCCCGCGCUCCCACGCAGACACGGAAAGAGCGGGAGCCCCCAGGAAGCGGAAAAGGCACGCGCUGCCGGCGGUGGCGGCGGCUCUGCGAAAAUCGUGGGAGACAGAACAACAACAACCAGCAGCAGCAGCGGCGCUAAAAGAAACAACACGAUCGGCGAGGGAGUGGCGGGAGUGGCCCCGGAGGUCCGUCGCGCCAACGCCGUCUUCUGCCUGGGCCGGCGGCGUCGCCGCCUCUGCAGGGGUUUCGGGGUCAGGCCCGGCCGAGGGCUGGGCGUCGGCGUCGGCACGGCGGCGGCCGAGAUCGGCCUCGGAGCGAGGCGGGGGGCGCGGCUGCACGCGACCAACCCCUGCCCCGGGACCGCGAUGGAGGCUUUCGUGCUGUGGUCGAUCGCCGACGGACAGGACCCGUUUCGCAGCGAGGCCGGGGGCGAGGAGGGUGCCGAAGAUGAGUUUGGCCAGGGGAGGGGGAAGGGCGAAGACAGGGGCGCUGCCGACGUCUGGUUGGAGCACUAUGCGAGCCUCAGCGCAUGGCACGACCACCAGCAGCGGCAAGGCGGUCGCAGUACGCGAGCAUCCGCUAGACAAGGCGAGGAGAACAGCAGAAUACGGCCGAACGAGACUGCUGGGCCACCGCACCUCGAGGAAACAGCGGCGGCGGCGGUAGACACGGCGGUCGCCGGUAGCGGCGGCGGCGGAAGCACGUACGCGCUCGUCGUGAAGGAGAGCAAGGCGCUCGCCGAAGGCAGGCGGUUCGAGCUGCGGUGCGGGGACAACCUUGUCAUCGGGCGGAGCCAACACCUCGCCGACAUCGUGGUCAAGGACGAGAUGGUCAGCAAGUGUCACCUCCGUAUCGCGAACUCCGAGCACGCCGGCGUCCGCUUGAGCGACCCCGGCAGCAAACACGGGGCGGUGAUCACCAAGCCCGCGCCACCCUAUACCACCUACGGCAACGCCGCAACAGCGGCGGAAAAGAAAGGGGGGGGGGGGGGGGGAGAGAAAGGGGCACCGGCUCCUCGCCCGGCGGGGCUCGGGGGUCCACCCCCCCCCCUGCCAAAGAAGAAGUUCUUCCCGAUCCCGGUCCCGCGGGAGCCGGAGUGGGUCGCGGGGGCGCACGGGGACCGCAUAUCGCUGGGCAAGACGGUCCUGGUCCUGGAGCGCGAAGGGGGGCCGGAGCCGCCCGCGUCGCGGCGGAGGCGAGCCGCGGGGCCGGGGGCGGGGGCGGGGGGGGCGGACGGGAGCAGCGUGGAAGGUGGCGGCGCCGGUGCUGCUGGGGCCCGCGGCAAGCCCGCCCCGGCCGUGAUCUCCAAGGGCUUCACCGCCAACCCUAACCUGAUGAACGCGAUCCGGACGGCGGAAGAGACGGAGAGGGACAGGAAGCGUUCCGUGGCGGCUUCGCAGCUCGCGGCGGCGGCGGCGGCGCAGUACCUCAGCAACAAGCGGGCCCGCUCCACAGCGACGGCGCCACCGGCUUCUUCAACCGCGCGACUAGCGACAUCGCCGGCAGCGGCGGCGGCGGCGGCGGCGGCGGCGGCGGCGGCGGCGGUGAAUGUGCCGGGCGCAAUGGCGACGGGGGGCGAUGACGAGGAAGACAAGCAGCGGGAAGGCGGUUCCUUCGAGCACGUGUCCAAGGGAAGCAUGCUCCUGAGAAGGAUGGGGUGGAAGCAGGGGCAGGGCUUGGGCCGUCGGUCCGAUGGACCUCUUCGACCGGUGCAGGCAAGGAUAAAGUUGGAGCCUGCUGGGUUGUAUGUAGGCUCACACUGGUUGGGUGGAUCGAAAGGCGUCGAGCUGCUCGCUGUUGAGUGA